CUCAGUAACAAUAGCCAGAGCGAGACCCACCACUUUGCCAUCACUCAAUAUUGCUUCCAAUCCCGGAUUUGUUGGGGUGGGGAGGGGGGGAGGGUGAGAGGGGAAGAGGAAGGAAAGGUGGGUUGGGGGGAGGGGUCACCAGUUCUCAUUUCCUCUCUCCGGCCGCCCCCGCCCCUCAAGCGCAGGGGGCUCAACCCUUUCCUUCCCUACACCAGGGUGCCGACCUUCCCUUCUCUUCGGCUCUGUCCCCAGCCCAGGGACAGUUGCUUGUGAUAACACAGUGCCUUGGCUAUGUACACUUCAAAUCCAAGUUCUCUGCCAGAGGUUAUAAGAAGAAUGAUCACUUGUCAAAAUAAAUGACUGCAAACAAGAAAAACGGACCACUGAAAGAAAACAAAGUCUUAAAUAUAAGCCUGGCUUAUGAAAAAACAAAGAUUGCACCAUUUGGCUUAGAAUGGGUACUACCAAUGAUGAAAUUGCUUCUAUGGAACAGAACUCUUCCUUAAAUCCUUUGUGUUUUGAAUGUGGUCAGCAACAUUGGACCAGAGAAAAUCAUUUAUACAAUUAUCAGAAUGAGGUGGAUGAUGAUCUGGUCUGUCAUAUUUGCCUUCAGCCCCUGCUACAGCCAUUAGAUACCCCUUGUGGACACACAUUCUGCUACAAGUGCCUAAGGAACUUUUUACAGGAGAAAGAUUUCUGUCCACUGGAUCGGAAAAGACUCCAUUUUAAGCUGUGUAAGAAAUCCAGUAUUCUGGUUCAUAAGCUCUUAGAUAAACUGUUGGUUUUAUGUCCCUUUUCUUCAGUAUGCCAAGAUGUAAUGCAGCGUUGUGACCUAGAGGCACAUCUUAAAAACAGAUGUCCUGGAGCUUCCCGUCGGAGAGUUGCUCUAGAGAGAAGGAAAACUAGCAAAUUAAAAACUGAAAUUGAGAAUGAAAAUGGAUCCAAUGUAACAGAUCACCCAGGUACUUCAUCGCCAGACAAUAUUGGGAUAGGAACAGUGCCAACAGAGCGGAACUUGACAUCAACGUCUCUUCCUAUGUGGACAGAUGAGCCUGGCCUUGACAACCCUGCAUUUGAGGAAAACACAGUAGCAGACACUUCACAACCACCACCUAGUUUACCAGAAGGGGAGAUUACAACAAUUGAAAUUCAUCGAUCUAAUCCUUACAUUGAAUUGGGUAUUAGUAUUGUUGGUGGCAAUGAAACACCUUUGAUCAACAUUGUUAUCCAAGAAGUUUAUAGAGAUGGCAUAAUUGCAAGAGAUGGAAGACUCCUUGCUGGGGACCAGAUACUUCAGGUCAACAACUUUGACAUCAGCAAUGUGUCUCAUAAUUAUGCCAGAGCUGUUCUUUCCCAGCCUUGCAGUGUGCUGCACCUUACUGUGCUUCGGGAGAGGCGUUUUGGCAGUCGAACCUAUAACCAUUCUGAUAAUAAUUCCUUACGAGAAGAGAGCUUCCAUGUGAUCCUUCAUAAGCGGGAUUCUAAUGAACAGCUUGGAAUUAAAUUAGUACGAAGAACAGAUGAGCCAGGAGUUUUUAUUCUUGAUCUGUUGGAAGGAGGACUGGCAGCCCAGGAUGGCAGACUCAGUAGCAAUGACCGAGUACUUGCCAUCAAUGGACAUGAUCUGAAACAUGGAACACCUGAACUUGCUGCUCAGAUUAUCCAGGCUAGUGGAGAGAGAGUGAAUUUAACAAUUUCGAGACCAGGGAAACCACAGACCAACAGUACUAACAGGGAACCAGGAACUCAUAGCAGCAGCCAGCACCAGGCACAGCAACUGUAUCAUAGCAGACCCAGCUCACAUAAGGAUCUUUCUCAAUGUGUAACAUGCCAAGAAAAGCACAUUACUGUGAAGAAGGAACCACAUGAAUCCCUUGGAAUGACAGUAGCUGGAGGAAGGGGAAGUAAGAGUGGUGAAUUGCCAAUUUUUGUGACCAGUGUACCACCUCAUGGCUGUCUUGCAAGAGAUGGCAGAAUUAAACGAGGUGAUGUGUUGCUGAACAUCAAUGGCAUUGAUUUGACUGAUUUAAGUCAUAGUGAGGCAGUUGCUGUGUUGAAAGCCAGUGCUGCUUCCCCAGCUGUUACUCUCAAAGCUCUAGAAGUCCAGAUUGUUGAAGAACAGACCCAGCCCAAUGAAGAACAACCAAGUACAAUCAGUGAAAAUGAGUAUGAUGCCAGUUGGUCGCCAUCAUGGAUCAUGUGGCUUGGACUUCCAAGUGUUCUUCAUAGUUUCCAUGAUGUUGUUCUACGAAGAAGCAACUUGGGAAGUUGGGGUUUUAGUAUUGUUGGUGGAUAUGAAGAAAACCACACAAAUCAACCUUUUUUCAUUAAAACAAUCGUCCUGGGAACCCCAGCUUACUAUGAUGGAAGAUUAAAGUGUGGUGACAUGAUUAUUGCUGUGAAUGGGCUGUCUACUCUGGGUAUGAGCCAUUCAGCACUCGUUCCCAUGCUGAAGGAGCAAAGGAACAAGGUUACUCUGACGGUUAUUUGUUGGCCUGGAAGCCUUGUAUAGAUUUGUGACGUUAGUUCUACUUCAGGAAUCUUCCAUUCUCGCAGUUUCUAAAGAAACACUUUGUUUUGUAUUUGUGUUUUUUUCCCCCUAAGUCAUUGACACAGCUAGUGAUAAGCAAAGCCCAGAACUGCUAUUUUGGAUGAUUUUUAUUUAUCUUUUAUUUUAAUUUAAAGAACUUGCUUCACCUUCCCACAUUUGUUUUUCAGCUUAAAAAACAAAACAAAACACUAGUUCCACUAAACACUAGUUUAUUUUCUAAAAUUUCACACUUUCAAGAGAUAGAUUGUGGCCUUUAACUGUGAACGAAACCUUCCCAAGAUUUGGACAUAACCAAUUGCAUCAUAGAAUUUUUAAAUUUCUUUUUGCUGUUUUAAAAAAUAAAUUGUAAAAUAUAUCUAUUUGUCUUUAUGGUGAAGAUUCACAUCAGUCAUACUUAACAAAACUAUAAAUGCUGUGUCAUUUGUUAGAAUCAGUAUUGUGAAGGGACAUAAUUUUUGUCAACACCAAUUUCCUAAUUUCAUUGGUGCCAACAUUUCAAAGAUUGGUCUUAUUAAGUGGAUUUCUAGGCCCACUUAUUUCUACUUCACUCUGUUGGUGUUCAGAAUGAAGAAGAUACAGGCCUUGUAAUACUAAAGAGUUUUUUUUAAUAAUGUGCAAUAUGUGGAAUAGUAGAAAAUAAUUAGGGGAUAUUAUGCUCACUAAUGAAAAAGAAAUUAACAAAUAAAUAUAGGUUUAGUUGUAGUAGAAGUUGUGUUUAAGCUAAAAACCAAAACCUUUAGUAGGUAACUUUCCCCAAAAAAUGAUUUAUUACAUAGGAAAAUUUUGAUGAAAACAUUUUUGCUAUAAUUAUUUCUAGAAUUUAUAUUAGUUAUCAGUAACCUAAUGAAGAAACAUUUUUGUGACUUAAGUAAUUAAACACAGUUGAACUUUCUUAAAGAGAAAGUACAUUUAUAAAAGCAUAUGCCACAGUUAAGUGAAAGAGAUUAUUUCAUUUUAAUCUAAUUGAAUCCUGAGUGAGUUUUUCCUAUUUAUUCAUUAAACUAAAAAAUUAAAUAAUAUAAAAGACCAGAUAGACCUGCCAUGGACCUGAGUUUUAUGAGAUUUUUUGUUGUUAAAAUCUUUCAGAUAUUGAACCUGAGACUUUUAUUUCAUUAAGUUUUUUAAUUGACUAUAAAAAUACAGCUAACUUUUUUCUUUUAUACAACAUAGAUAUCCUUUGAAGAAAUAUAUAAAAUGGUGUGCUAAGUAGGAAAUAAACCCUUUACAUUUGUUAAUGUUAUACAUACUUGAAAAAGAGUUUCAAUUAGAAACUUAGUUCAGAACCUGAGCUAAUUUACAAGUGACCUCUGUAUUGUAAUGAAUGGUAUUAAUUAUCAGAGAAUGUAUUUCAAAAUUGCUACAGUACAUCGUGAAGCAUGAACCGAAUUUUUUAAGUUCAGCAAUUACAUUGCUGGGGUAUAAACUCUCUAUAGUAUACAACUGAUUAUUCUAGCUACUUUUGAAAUAAUUUUUAAAAAUCUAUUUGGCGCCAAUAAAUUGCCAUUAUCUCAUUCAUCACUAUAGUGGCCCUGGUCAGCACAUAUCCAGGAAACAACACAAUGUUCCUCUCAUACAGUAUAUUACUGUUGCAUGAUUAUUGGCUUUUGAAGCAAUCUAAUAGUGAAAUACUUUGAUAUUCUAUUUGACAUGCAACAAGUUUCUUCUUGCUUCCCAAAAUAGAAUUUUGUAAUCUACUUUGCAUUUUUUUUUUUAACAUUUUAUAAAAAUAAGUCAUCUCUUGGGGGAAUUGCUACCAGCCAGUAUCUUGACAUAAGCUUUACCAGAUGUAAAGUGCUACAGGUUAACUAGAUGAUAUAGGUUUUAGUAUCUUGAGAGGAAAAAAAAAAAAAAAAGAAUCUUUUCCAGCAUUUUUUUAUCACAAAAAAUAUAUAUUCUGUCUUGCACAAUAGAUAUUAUUGCAAAAGAUGUAGCUUUUGUUUAGAAUGAUAUUUGGUGAUGGAAACUUGUUCAUAAUUUAUUCUCAUCACUCAAAGUAUCUCUUUCCCCUUUAAGAUCUUGUAGUUAGAUAUUUUUGUUUGUUCUUCUGUGCCUUCAGUUUAAAUUAUUUCAAGAUUUUUCAAAUGUUCUUAAAUAAUGGUGUGAUGAUUUCCAUUAAGGAUGGAAAUAAAAGUCAUCUUGCUCAUA